AUGGAGGGAGACACAUUUUCUGGGCUUGGCAAUGGAAGCAGCCAGCUAGAUGGAAAGGCUAUGCAGAGCUUUCAGAAAAGCUUUGGGCAAGUUCAAAAUAUAUUGGAUCAGAACAGGCUGCUCAUCAAUGAGAUUAAUCAAAACCAAGAGUCCAAAAUCCCUCAGGGUCCUCAUAAUUUGAGCAGAAAUGUUGGCCUAAUUAGGGAGCUCAACAAUAAUAUCAGGAGUGUUGUUGAUCUCUAUUCUCAUCUUUCAACCUCCUUCACCAAAUCAAUGGAUGUUGCUUCGUCUGAGGGCGACUCGAGUGGGGCCUUCAAGUCUGAUGGCCACAAGAGGCGUCGCCCCGCUUCUUGA